GGCGUCCGUGUAUUUAGACGUAUUUUUAGAUAGAAGAAAAGAAACCAAAAUGGUGAAAAUAGACGUUAAAUACACAAAGUUAUUCAUCAAUAAUGACUGGGUAGAUGCUGUUAGCAAAAAAACAUUUCCAACCAUAAACCCACAAGAUGAAACCGUGAUUGCUCAAGUUGCAGAAGGUGAUAAGGCUGAUAUAGAUAAAGCCGUGGAAGCAGCAAAAAAAGCUUUCAGCCGCUAUUCAAAAUGGCGAACCAUGGACGCCUCCCAGCGUGGGCUGCUGUUGCUAAAGCUUGCCGACCUCAUCGAGUCUCAGGCUAGAUACUUGGCGGAACUGGAAACCCUGGACUGUGGAAAACCUGUCAAGACGGCAGAGGAAGAAGUGUAUUAUUCGGCCUCUGUACUAAGAUAUUACGCCGGUAAAGCGGACAAGAUAUUAGGGAACACCAUUCCUGCCGAUGGUGAUGUAUUGUCUUUUACAUUAAAGGAACCUGUGGGUGUGUGUGCACAGAUCAUACCAUGGAACUAUCCCAUACCAAUGAUGUCGUGGAAACUAGCACCUGCAUUAGCAGCAGGUUGCACGAUCAUCGUGAAGCCGGCCGAGCAAACCCCGCUCACAGCAUUAGCUAUCGCCGCUUUAAUAAAAGAGGCUGGUUUCCCCCCGGGCGUGGUGAACGUGGUGCCCGGUUACGGACCCACGGCCGGUGCCGCCUUGACCCACCACCCUGACGUCGAUAAGGUGGCCUUCACCGGUUCCACUGAAGUGGGCCGCAUAGUCUUGGGUGCCGCGUCAGCAGUAAACCUCAAACGCGUGACAUUGGAACUUGGCGGCAAAAGUCCUUUAGUGGUUUUCAAUGAUGCUGAUGUGGAAAAAGCCGCACAGAUAGCUCAUGCCGCGGCGUUUGCCAACGGCGGACAGUGCUGUUGUGCAGGCACGAGAACCUACGUACAGUCCGGUAUUUACGACCAGUUCGUACAGAAAGCCGCUGAAAUUGCCAAGAACAGAUCCGUGGGCAAUCCUUUCGAUGAUGUCCAGCAAGGUCCUCAGAUCGAUAAGGAUAUGUUUCAGAAGGUAUUACACUACAUUGCUGCUGGCAAAGAGUCGGGAGCGCGAUGCUUGGUGGGUGGAGAUAAAUUAGGCAGCAAGGGAUAUUACAUCAAACCCACGGUCUUUGCCGAUGUUAAAGAUGACAUGAAGAUUGCAAGAGAAGAGAUUUUCGGCCCUGUGCAGAGCAUUUUCAAGUUUGAAACGUUUGAAGAAGUGGUGGACAGAGCUAAUGAUACUAACUACGGUCUCGGCGCUGGCGUUAUCACUAACGAUAUCACAACAGCACUUAGUUUCGCCAAACAAGUGCGUGCUGGCUCCGUUUGGAUCAACACAUACGAUCAUGUUACUAGUCAAACUCCAUUCGGUGGAUUCAAAGAUUCCGGCCUUGGGAGAGAAUUAGGAGAAGAUGGAAUCAACCAAUACUUGGAAAUAAAAACUGUAACACUAGGGUUGCCGAAAAUACCGCAACUGUAAAUCUCAUUUUGUUAAUCCGUAUUGAACAAACUAUAAUUUAAACUUUAAAAUUCCUACCAAAUGAUGCGAAAUUACAUGCAAAAGUGUUGCUGUACUAUUUUUUUUUUUUUACUUUUAUGAAAGCCA